GCAUGCCCGAUCUCCCCUGCUUAAAAGUCUCAUCCAUGGCAGAGGGGCACCCAAGUCAUUAUGACCGUGUGGUCCUCCUUCCCUCUCCAUACGCAGCAUCACAGAGGGCUACAGCUACACAACCCAAUCAAGAGGCUUUAGUUUAGGCAGCGAGUAGUGGGGGAUAGGCAGCACAACUGGAAAACACCACAUAAAAAUUUCCUUGGUCCCAAUCCUAUGCAUUCCCCCUCUUUCCUCACCUUCUUUCCCCUCAGAGCCAUCUUUCCAUGAUAAAAAGGAAAAAGAUCUCCUUUUUAUUCCCCAUCUCCGCGCUCUCUCUCUCUCUCUCUCUCUCUCUCGCUCUGUGUUGUGUUCCUACAGUGAAAGACUCCCUGAUCGACUACCCCUUUCUCGUUUUCUUCGCCCAAUUGGGCGUGCUCUUCUCGGUCCCUCUGAUCCCAGUCCCAUCCUUUCUCGAUCCCGGAGAUCGAAUUUUUAUGGUCCGCAUUGCUCUUUCCGAUCGUCGAAACCAGUUCUUCUUGGUAAGGUUUUCUUAGUCAAAAGUUCGAUAUUUUUUUUCUGCUUGGAGUCUUGCUUUGGACCGGAUUGAGAGGGUGGUAAUGUGGGUUCUUGGGAGGAGAUUGACGGGAAUGGGGGCUAGGUGAGUGAUUUGUGUCGAGGGGAACGGAUUAGGGUUCUUUAGGGGACCGCGACGUCCGCCACCGAUGGCUACUGAGGUGCGGCCUCGAGAUCCGAGCAUGCGACCGCCCAUGGUCCCGCUGGCGACCCUCAUCGGCCGCGAGCUUCGCGGGGGCCAGUCCGAGAAGCCCGCCAUCAAGUACGGGCACGCCGCCUUCGCCAAGAGAGGGGAGGACUACUUCCUUGUCAGGCCCGACUGCCUUCGGGUCCCCGGCGACGCCGCCUCCUCCUUCUCGGUCUUCGCGAUCUUUGACGGGCACAAUGGUGUUUCUGCUGCUGUGUUCGCAAAAGAGCACCUUUUGGAGCACGUUAUGAGCGCGAUCCCUCAGGGAAUCGGUAGGGAAGAAUGGCUUGAAGCCCUUCCGCGUGCACUGGUCGCUGGUUUUGUCAAGACGGACAUCGAUUUCCAGCGCAAAGGGGAGACUUCUGGGACGACAGCGACGCUGGUUGUCGUCGAUGGGUGGACUGUCACAGUUGCAUCUGUGGGUGACUCGAGGUGCAUUCUGGAUUCGCAAGACGGUGUGGUCUCAUUGCUUACGGUUGAUCAUAGGCUGGAAGAGAAUGUUGAGGAGAGGGAACGUGUGACUGCUAGUGGAGGAGAGGUUGGAAGGCUUAAUAUUUGCGGUGGAAAAGAGGUUGGACCGCUUCGCUGUUGGCCGGGUGGGUUAUGCCUUUCAAGGUCAAUCGGGGAUACAGAUGUGGGCGAGUUCAUUGUCCCGAUUCCUCAUGUGAAGCAAGUCAAGCUUUCAAGUGUUGGAGGACGUUUGAUAAUUGCUUCUGAUGGCAUAUGGGAUGCCCUUUCAUCCGAGCUAGCAGCCAAAGCUUGCCGAGGAAUUCCUGCGGAACUUGCUGCAAAGCUCGUUGUUAAGGAAGCAUUGAGAACAAGUGGCUUGAAAGAUGACACGACUUGCCUAGUUGUUGAUAUAAUUCCAUCUGAUCACACUCUCCCACUACCAUCACCAGUAAAACAGCAAAACAAGUUCAGAUCACUCUUUGGGAAGAAGCCACAGAAUGCUGCUGGCAAACCUAACAAACUUUCUUCUGUUGGCGCUGUGGAGGAAUUAUUUGAGGAGGGGUCAGCUAUGCUGGAAGAAAGGCUGGGAAAAAGUUUCUCAUCAAGGGAGAACACAGGGCUUCUAAGAUGCGCAAUCUGCCAAACUGACCAAGUUCCAGAUGAUGAUUUAUUCGUUAAUUCAGGUGAUCUCUUCUCCCCACCAUCGAAGCAACAGGAGGGUCCAUAUCUUUGCGUUGACUGCCAGAGGAAGAAGGAUGCCAUGGAGGGGAAACGGCCAAGUGAUUCAUCUAUGUCCAGGUGAAAUACUGAUGGAAUGUGUUCAAAUGUAAAGAGGGUUAAGGUGAAUAAACUGUUGGCUAAUGUUCCGAGGUGGUUUCCUGAUUGUUGUUUGGUGAACUAACUGCGGUGCUAUCUCACAUUGUGAUAGUUUGAUUACUAACCAGGUGUGGAAGUUGUAUGAACCACUGUUGGUGAACUAGUGAUAUUGCUCAAGAAAUAGCUUCAUUUAUCUA